UAUGGAACCUCUGUGCGAGUUCUGUGGAGUGGUGAGAGCGGUUGUUUAUUGUAAAUCCGAUUCGGCUCGUCUGUGUUUGCACUGUGACGGGAGUGUCCACUCCGCCAAUUCCUUAUCGCGACGCCAUCUCCGCUCUCUGUUGUGCGAUAAGUGCAAUGCCCAGCCCGCCAUUGUCCGCUGUAUGGAUGAUAAACUCUCCCUCUGUCACGGCUGCGACUGGAACGGCAAUGCUUGCUCCUCCGUCGGCCAUCGCCGUCCGGUCCUCCACUGUUACACCGGUUGCCCCUCCAUGCCCGAGUUCUCCCGGAUUUGGUCUUCCGUUCUCGAGGCCCCUUCCUGUUCCACUGGCUUCGAUGCUGCCGCCGAUUGGGCCUCACUCCCCACGCCAUCUAUAAACGACAAUUCCAUCUCUUUGACGGAUGUCGAAGCUGCUGGAUUGGGCGCCCCCAAGUUGAAUGACCUUGAUUCUUGCUCUAAGUUCGAGCCCUGGAUCGCCCCCGCUUCCGCCUUUCCUCCCAAUCCCUCUUACCAGCUGCCUUUCUCCAGACCCCAGCCCUCGUUUCUUUCCGAUGACUCCGAUCUUCCGAAGAGUUGUACCGAUUUUAAGGAUAUUGCAACUCAUGACAAUAACGAUAUAUGUGAGGGCCUGAAUAUUGGGAAUGUCCCGCUCAACUUGGAAGGUGGGGAGGAGUUAUUUGCGUGUCCACAAGGUACAGUCAAAUGUCAAUUCCAGGAUGGAGAAUUGGAAUAUCUUCUAAUGGAUAAAAACUUGUCAGGGACUGAAUCUAAUGGCCCUGUUGAGAAUGCUAUUGAGGAGUCAUCACCGGGGCAACAAGAUUAUAUGGGAUUUCAUUCAUCCCAAGUCGGUCUUUCCAUGAACACGAUUCAAAAUGGCAAUUCAAAUUGCAUGCUUAUGAAUCCUAGUUGCAACGGAAAUCUCAACAUUGGAUUUCCUACCGGUCAGGUUCAUUCAAGCAUUUCACUUUCACUGUCGAAUAUCACUGGCGAAAGCAGUGCUGCAGAUUAUCAAGACUGCGGUUUAUCGCCAGCAUUUUUGACAGAAACCUCAUGGGAUCCUAGUAUGGAAGUUAUCGGUCCACAAGCAAAGGACAGGAACAGGGAUAAAGCUAAGAUGAGAUACAAUGAAAAGAAAAAAACUAGAACAUUUGGAAAGCAAAUAAGAUAUGCAUCUCGCAAAGCGAGAGCUGAUACAAGAAAAAGGGUGAAAGGUCGUUUUGUGAAAGCAGGUGAAGCCUAUGAUUACGAUCCUCUCGUGACAAGAAACUUCUAAGCUAUGAUAAUUUCAAUUCCCGAUUUCCAAGACAAAAAGCCAUAUUGAACAAGGUUGUAGAUAAAGAUAUAGCCAUAGCCAAUACAGGCUCUAUAAUCUGCAGAUAAUCACAGCCAUCGUUGUUCAUACAGGAGCAGUUUUAAAUUGCCCUGAAGAGCAAUGGUGAAGGAUUUCAGUAAGGAUAAACAAGUGAUAAAGACCUUCGAGGGCCAACUCGAGUACCACGAUGAUUUACCUCUUGCCCUUUCACCCACGCCGUUUUUAUCAGGCAUAGCUGCACCUCAAUUUUCAUCAGUGCAUUUAUAUGUUUAUUCUUUUUACUCCCACGUAAUCCGUUUUGGUCACUUUGGGCCGAGUUGAUAGUUUUCGAGAGUGUAAUAAAAAACAAUUUUGAG